UCAAUCUAAUUAAUUAAACAUAAAAAUUCAUCUAUUUAUUUACUUAUUAAACUUAAUUAGUAUUUUUUCCUCAUACUUAUCAAUAACAACAACAACAAUAAAUAUGAAACUAUUGAAUCCAUUAACAACUAAUUUAUCAUCAAUUGUUCAGAUAGUUAUCACUGUAUUAUUACUAUCCUUACCAUUUGGUAAUGCAUUUGUCGAAAAUUUUGGCAAAAUGUUUGGAGAUAUGGGAGACUCGUUGUCCGGUUUUGUCGAUAAAUUGUAUACUAAUGUCGACUCCUGGGCCGACCAUAUCAUUGAACACGCAAAAGGAGAGGAAUGCCAUUUUCUAUGUCCACAUACUAAGAUUGCAGUGACUAAUAAAGCCUACGAACACUUGCCUACUGGUUGCCAGACAUUUGGCAUAAAGAUCAAAGAGUCGGAUCUACCGAUCAAAGAGAUGCGUCACUGUUGUAAUGAUCAUCAGCUGUGUUAUCACAAGUGCGGCGCCGACAAGAACCAGUGCGACGACCAGUUUGGCAAAUGUUUGGUCAAGAAUUGCCGCGACACUCAAAAAGACGAAGCCCUUUUUAAAGGCUGUCGUACGGCCACCAAGUUAUUGAUGAUGAGUUUUCUGACGUUUGGCUGCAAAAACUUUAAAGAAUCUCAAAAGAAUGCCUGUGUCUGUGCAACCAGUGAUGAGCUAUAGGUGCUCUGAUGAUGGUGUGGUGCUAGUAAUGCUGAUGGACAUCAAUCUAACUGUUUAUUAUAUCACAUACACACACAUAUAUAUAUAC